AUACUUUUCAAGUAUUUUCGUGUUUUACCCUUCUCCAGCCGUUUGGCGUUCAGGUUUUUUUUUCUUUUCCAGAACUACCCUUAGGGUUUUUUCUUUGCUUGCUCUUCUUUAACAGCAAACCGGAAGAAACCUCCUAUUCCGACGACUUCCUCUCCUAAUAAUUUCUGAUCGGCUCAAUAUGGCCGGAUCCGGAGCCGGAGAAGGCCCGACCCUGAUAAAGCAACUCGCGGCUUGCGACAAGUCGAGCCGUGACAGAGCCGUACGGUCUCUCCUCGAUGGGUGGCUUCCUUCACAGAGUGAAGUCUCCGAUGAAGAGAUGAAGAGGCUGUGGAAAGGUCUCUUCUACUGCGUUUGGCACGCCGACAAGCUGCCCGCUCAGACCGACCUCAUCAACAAGCUUUCCUCGGUUCUGCCGAAGCUCGAACCCGGUCUAUCUCUCCAAUACUUCUCCGUUUUUCUUCUCACCAUGCGUCGUGAGUGGACCGGGAUUGAUAAGUUAAGGUUAGAUAAGUUUUACCUCUUAAUUCGUAGGUUGAAUUGCUUCUUUGCUAUGUUGAAGAAAUCGUCCUGGGAUUUGGAUUUUAUGCGUCGUUCGAUUAGGGUUUUAGUUGAUGGUACAUUUAUAGCUGAUGAUAAGUUUCAAGGUAAUGGCGUUAAUUAUCACAUUGCUUCGAUUUUUCUCGAGGAAAUUAGGCCCUUUUUUCCAUUAAGAAAGGAGGUUGUUGAGGUUCUAUUGGAACCGUUAGUUGGAAUCUUGGGGAAAGUGGGUGAUAAGGUUUUGGUUGGGAAGAUAAGGAGCAAUGUGUUUGAUGUGCUUGUUAAGACGGGAAGGAGAUUGCUGGAGCUUAAGCAGUCCGGUGAUGAGGUUGAUGAAAGCGAUGAUGUAGUUGUGUUCGGGACGAUUGGUUUAGUGAUGGGGUUCUCUACAAAGUUCUAUGAAUUGGGUUCUUCAGUAGAUUGCUGUCAGGGUAAUAGAAAGGCUGUGUUGGCAUUACAUGAGGAAUUCUUGAAGUUGGAGAAGGAUUUGACGUCAUUGGGUAUUGAUAUUUCGAUUCCCGAGGGUAAUGAAGGCAAUGAAGAAGAUGAGGUACCUGAAUUGAUACCUGUUGGUGGUGAGACAGAUGCGAAUGUUUCAAAUGAUGUUUUGGAGCCAGUUGAAGUUAAUAUUACUGGUUCUGCGAAGAAGGCCACAAAGAAAAGCAAGAAGGCCAAAAAGGCAACUGGGGACAAUGGUAAAAAGACUAAGAAAAGCAAGAAAACUGAAUGUAGCCCUGCAGAUCAGGAGAAUGAUGUUAAGUUACCUGCAGAGGUUGCCAGUUCUAAUAUCGAGCAGAAUGGUGAUGGGGAUUCUAUAACAUUUACUGAAUCAGUGAUUUCAAACCUUCAGCUCCAGUUUGAGAAGGUUGCCGCAGAAGUGGGUUUGAAUAGCGAUGUUGCAACUGCCUGUGAUUUACCAAAAGUUAAUGGUGCUGUCUCCAAGAAGAGAAAGAGAGCAAAGGGUUUGAAUGGCCGAAAACCUCAGAAUGGGGAGCUAACUGGUGAAGCUGAUGGUGAAGGAGAUGGAACUGCGAAAACUUGCGAGAAUAGCACGAAGAGGGUAAGAUUUUCAAUGAAAAGCAAUCUGGUUUGGAAGCCCCACAGUCCUUUACCUCCAUUAAGUUUGAGGUUACCUCCUGUUACUCCUAGAGGAAGUGCACUUAAGCAAGGAAUUCCUCCAGGUCCUAUAAAGGAAAUGGCUCCUAUGACUAAGAGAAAGAAAGCUAAAUCUGUGAAGAAGGCUCGGAAAGUGAUAAAGAGUAUGUAUCCUCUAGUCAAACGCACAAAGAAAUUGAAAUCUACUUCCUCUUAGCAGAGUCUGCUCAAGGGAAAUGCCUCCUAUGUAUAAGAUGGUGAAGAAAACUAAAUCUGGGAAGAAGGCUCAGAAAGUGAAAAAGAAUGUGUAUCCUCUAGUCAAACGAACGAAGAAAUUGAAAUCCAUGCCCUCUUAGCAGAGUCUGCUUUGUGAGUUUCUUAUGUGGAACAAGUUUUAUAUGCUUAGUCAUUAAAAUUCUUCUAAAUUUGGGAGUCUUUGUCUUGUUUUUCUCUGUUUAAACCUUCCAUAACACAUGUUAUAUUUACUUGGUAGACCUUUUGGUCUAUGAAUUCUGAAGUUGAUUGUGAUGAGAAGGUGAUUUAUCCAUGAGUGAAAGAUGGAUUGAAUUAAUCUUUGAA